CUGAGAGAAUUCUCUGAGGGAGUGUUGGGAUGGGGACCCCCCCAAGCUUCUGCUAAGAACUUCUCUGUCACCUGACAUCCGUGUGCUUGGGGCCCACCCAGAGCUGCUUCAGUGGAAAGACUGCUGACUUUGGAGCACGUGAUUCGCCUGGAUGCCCCCGUGCUGGCAUUGGCAUGACUGGGCAAAGCCUCCUCUUUGUCUCCACCCUCAUCCUGGGGCUGGUCGGGGUGGCCCGAGGGGCCCAGCAGGCCCUGCGGGGCCCGGCAGCCACGGCCUGUCGUCUGGAUGACAAGGAGAGUGAAUCCUGGGAGACCUUGCUGAGCACGGAGCGUCUGGAUGCCUGGAUCUGCUCCCUCGCUGGCUCACUUAUGGUGGGGCUCAGCGGGGUCUUCCCUCUGCUGGUCAUUCCCCUGGAGACGGGUGCUGCCCUCCGCUCAGAAGCUGGAGCCCAGCGCCUGAAGCAGCUGCUCAGUUUUGCCCUGGGAGGGCUCCUGGGGAACGUGUUUCUGCACCUGCUCCCAGAGGCCUGGGCCUACACGUGCAGUGCCACCACUGGUGGCGAAGGGCAGAGCCUGCAGCAGCAGCAGCUGCUGGGACUCUGGGUCAUCGUGGGCUUCCUGACCUUCCUGGGGCUCGAGAAGAUGUUCCUGGACAGCAGGGAGAAGGACAGGCCGAGCCAGGCCCCCAUCAAAGACCCGGCCGCUGCCGCCGUGCACAAUGGAGGCCGCUGCGUGGCCCCGCCGGCCGCAGUGCCAGGCCUGAGCAUGGAGGCCCAGAAAAUCAAAAUCAGUGGCUACCUCAACCUGCUGGCAAACACUAUCGACAACUUCACUCACGGGCUGGCCGUGGCCGCCAGCUUCCUGGUGAGCAAAAAGAUCGGACUGCUGACCACUAUGGCCAUCCUUCUCCACGAGAUCCCUCAUGAGGUGGGCGACUUCGCAAUCCUGCUGCGGGCUGGCUUUGACCGCUGGAGUGCUGCCAAGCUGCAGCUCUGGACCGCGCUGGGGGGCAUCCUGGGCGCCUGCUUUGCCAUCUGUGCCCAGUCACCCAAGGGAGCAGGGGACACCAUUGCCUGGAUCCUCCCCUUCACGUCGGGGGGCUUCCUCUACAUCGCCCUGGUCAAUGUGCUGCCGGACCUCCUGGAGGAAGAGAACCCUUGGAACUCGCUGCAGCAGGUGCUCCUGCUGUGCACCGGCAUCGUGAUGAUGGUGCUCUUCUCGCUCCUGGUGGAGUGACCCCCCCCCCCCCCCGCGGACGCCCUCUGCCCCCAGCAACAAGAGACUCAUUGGAGCCCGUGGCCUCGUCUGUGUGCUUGGGGGAGGGGCCUGGGCUAGGGGCGGGGGGAGGAGGGAGGCCCGGCGGGCCGGCAGCCCCGGGGCAGCCCCAUGCCUACUGAAUCGGGAGCCGAGAAGCAGGAGGGCUGGCCGGGCGGCUGAGGCCUUCCCCACAGCCCACGGAAGCACUGACUCAGCACCCGGGGCCGGGGGAGAGAGCUGAGGCCUUCUAGGAGCUUCCCUGGGGCGGGAGGAUGCCGGGAAGAUGCGCUCAGCGCCCAGGAAUGCGCGCGCUGCCCCCACUAGGGCCGGGAGUCCGUGCCAGGGGCUCUGCUACAGGCUUAGGGCUGGAGCCUUGUCGCCCCCCAGAGGACAAUCGCGGAAGUGGCCGCAGGGACACGUUUGGUUUUGCCACGGGCCGGCGGCUCUGCCGGGGAUCCGUACCGUCGUCGGUCCGUAGAAGAGAUGCAAAUAAAUACUAUUUUAUCCGUAA